GAAAGCUCAUUUCACAUGACAAACGUAACCUCAUCUUUAAGCGUGUACAUUAUAAACAACAGUACAUUUGAAGCAUUUGUUAUAUACAUCAAGAAAAAAUAGUGUCAAAAAAAUUCGGUCUCAUAACAUAAUAAUUAUUAAUUGUAUUCCAGUGCUGAAAUUUUCAUUAUAAUUAACAUGACAUCGGCAAUAGAAUCUAUGGUGGUAGAUGAAAAGCAAUUGCCAGAAAAGCCCAUAGACAGAGAAAAAACAUGUCCACUUUUACUCCGAGUAUUUUGCAAUACAGGGAGGCAUCACAAUAUAAUGGAAUAUAGUCGAGGAAAUGUUCCUUCAAAUGAAUUACAAAUAUAUACAUGGAUGGAUGCAACUUUAAGAGAAAUUACAGGAUUAGUAAAAGAAGUAAAUCCAGAUGCUAGAAGCAAAGGAACAUACUUUGAUUUUUCACUAGUAACGCCAGAAUUAAGAAAUUCUGGAUAUCGUAUGAGAGAGAUUGGUGUCACUUGUUCUGGACAAAAGGGUGCAGAUGAUAACAAGACACUUGCUCAAGCAAGGUCCUGCUCCUAUAUAUAAAUUACAAACUUUGGUUGGAUAUAAAGAUCAUUGUUUGUCUCGACCAAGAGGUCCAGCAUAUACUAUCAGACCUCAAACAAAAAUUCAUGUACCAAGUUUUGGACCAGGUCCACAAUAUAAUAUUUCAAAAUUAACAAAUUAUGGAGCAGAUAGUCCUCCUGCAUAUACAAUAGUUAGUAGAAAACUAUUAAAAGUGAGAGAUUUUGGACCAGGACCGGGAGCACACUACCCAGAAUUAUGUCCCCCAAUGAAUCACAAUAUUAGAGCUCCUGCUUAUAGUAUUAAAUCUAGAAGGAAAACAAAACUGGAAGACAUCGGACCUGGUCCAAAUGCAUAUAUUUUACCAACCACCAUAGGACCAAAAAUUCCUGAUAAAAUAGCUCAAAGUGCUUUUUCCUUGUACAUAUCAAAAAUAAGCAUUAUAAAAUAUAUCGUAAUGUUUUACUAUUGCAGUUCUGGUAUUCACAAACUUAGAGAAAAAGAUGUUGGUCCUGGUCCAGCAGCUUACAAGCUCAAUUCAGAUCUUGUAAAACGUAGUUCUCCAGCAUUUAGUGUAAAAUGGAGAACUAAACUAGCAGAUGUAGAUAUAACUCCAGGACCACAGUAUUAUCCUAAAUAUGAUACUGGAAGACGUCCCCCUAUGUACUCUUUUGGUAUAAAACACAGUGAAUGUGUUGGUAUACCUAUCACAAAUUUGGACGAAGACUGA